AUGACUGUUUUGUCUGUGAGUACUCCUCCGGCUCCUCAGGCUCCUCUGGCGGCCACCGGACCUCGGACACUGGUGGUGGGUGCAUCCGGGUUCAUAGGGCGGUUUGUGGCGGAAGCCAGCCUCUCCUCCGGCCACCCCACCUAUGUCCUAGUCCGCUCCUCCGCCACGACCUCCUCUUCCAAGGCCAGCACCAUCAAGUCCCUCGAAGACCAGGGCGCCAUCCUUGUUACCGGUUCAAUAGGGGACAAGGAAGUAAUGAUAGAGAUUCUGAGGAAGUAUGAGAUAGAAGUGGUGAUAUCAGCUGUGGGUGGAGCCACUAUAUUGGACCAGCUCACCCUAGCGGAAGCCAUUAAAGCGGUUGGUAGCAUUAAGAGGUUCCUUCCAUCAGAAUUUGGGCACGACAUCGACCGAGCGGAACCAGUGGAGCCGGGGCUGACCAUGUACAUGGAGAAGAGAAAAGUCAGACGGUUCAUUGAGGAGGCCGCCAUCCCCUACACCUACAUCUGCUGCAACUCCAUCGCCGCUUGGCCCUACCAUGACAAUACCCACCCUGCUGACGUCCUCCCACCCUUGGAUCGUUUCCAUAUCUACGGUGAUGGCUCUGUCAAAGCUUACUUCGUGGCGGGUACCGACAUCGGAAAAUUCACAAUCAAAACCAUAAACGACGAUCGAACAGUGAACAAAUCGCUUCAUUUCCGACCUCCCAGCAAUCUUGUAAGCAUAAACGAGCUGGCAUCACUGUGGGAGAAGAAGAUCGGGCGGACGCUCCCCCGUGUAACCGUGGAAGAAGAUGACCUACUAGCCGCUGCCGCAGAGAUGUGCAUUCCCGAUAGCAUCGUCGCGUCCUUCACUCACGACAUCUUCAUAAAGGGAUGCCAAGUAAAUUUCAGCUUGGAUAAACCUACAGACCUAGAAGCCACGUCUCUUUAUCCGGAGAUGCAGUUCAGGACCAUAGAUGAGUGCUUCGAUGAGUUCGUGGAGAAGAUAAUGGGAGGUCAAGCAGCAGCCGAGAAGGAGGGCAUUGUGGUGCCCGCUUCUGCCCCGGAUGCUUUGGUCAUCACUGCUACCUGCGCCUGAUCACCGCCACUUCUCUCGACAUAAAUGAU